AUGUCAGAUGCAGCCUCGAUCAUGAUCGGGUCAUUGUUAGGGACAUCGCCGGUGACGACAUAUAUGGAGUCAUCAACGGGGAUCAAAGAGGGUGGGAGGACGGGGUUAACGGCGAUAACGGUGGCGGGAUACUUCUUUUUGGCUUUUUUCUUUACACCGUUGUUGGCAUCGAUACCACCAUGGGCGGUGGGGCCACCUUUGAUACUGGUGGGAGUUUUGAUGAUGAAAGCAGUGACCGAGAUUCAAUGGGAUGAUAUGAAACAAGCAAUUCCAGCAUUUAUCACUAUGAUUUUGAUACCAUUGACAUAUUCUGUGGCAUAUGGGAUGAUAGGUGGCAUUGGUGCAUAUAUUAUUUUGAAUUUGUCGGAUUGGAUGAUGUUUUUGAUGAAGAAAUAUGGGAUUAAGGAUAAGAUCAGAAGUAAAAGUUCGAUUAUUAGCCAAGGAUCAAAUGUUGGAGGUAGUACCAAUACAAGUAUGGCGACAGAAAAAUAUGUCAACUUUAGAAUAGAAGAUACUGUUUAA